AAGCCCAGCAAGGCAGGUUGGCGCGAUAGGGCUACUACGUUGGUUUUGUUUUCAACGAGGAAGCCACGAAAGGCACCAUCAUGCGCCGUCUACUUCAGCAGCACGGAGAGCGCUUUACGAAGCGGCCAAAGUACUAUCAAGUGAGGGUGGCAAGGAAAAUAACUACACUGCUCCGGUGGUGUAACUUCCCUAUCUAUUCAGAUAAUGAGAACACCUACGCUGCUCCCGUGAUGAACUUCCCCAGCCAUUCAUCGUCUCAGUACGUUGCUGCCGACGCAUUACCACACCAUGUACCCAGCUUCGUGGCGGCUAGCCACGUAGUAGCCCAUAGCUAUGGGACACCAGCAACGAAUUCCAGCUUCUUUACAUCUUCGUUGGCCUCUAGCUACGGUUGUGCUCCAACUGUACGCAAUAACUACCCGGACAGUGUGGCACCGUUGCGUUAGUGGAAUAACAGCACCUCGAGAUGAUACCCAGUUGGAAUCCACACAGCUUCCGGCCACUCUUGAAGCGCCAGAUUUCAACACGUUUAUUGGUCGAAGUGAUUCGUUUACUGAGAUACUGCCGGUACCUCCAACUUCCGUGAUUCUACCUACAACUACUGCUUACCCAAGUACGGAUCCGUCAUCAACUGCAGCAAUUGAGAGGACGACGUCUGCAUCUACUUUAAAAGAGAAGUUUCAGCUCGUAUCCUUGCAUGAGAGCAAGAAAACCGCUGGAGUAACGAUGCGCAGUCGUGAUGCCUACGUGUACGUCUAUCACAACAAUUACGGCAAGAAAGACAAUCUGAAGAGAGUGGAGUACCGGUGUGAAAGUCACGAAAACCGUGCGUUUCGUUAUCGAGUGGGCAUCUACAAACCGGUUGAUCCGCAUCCGAUCCUCGAGCAACAGAUGUUUGCGCUGGAACAACAGGGACAACACAAUGGUCGACCAACAAGUCGCUCUCAGUACGGGAUCAACCGCUCUGUCAAUGAUGAAGUUGAUUCUUUGGCAAGUAGUGGUGCUGGUCCAAAUAAAAUUCUGAAAGUUUUGUCAAUGAAAUAUUCUGAUCAACGCAAUGUGUUGUGGAACAUUCCGAGCGCAGAGCAGGUUAAAAGCCGAAAAAACUAUUUGGCACAAGGAUUGGAAGCGGCCUGGAAGAUUGAGACGUUUGCAGACUUGUGCGAGUUAUGCAGCACUCGGAUGUGUGAGACAGCCGAAGACUUUUUCGGUAGGGGCCGUGGUAGUUACGAAUUUGACAUGCAGCAUGACCAGGAGACCUUUCAUUUGGAAUCGCAUGACUUCCAGAAUGAUACCAUUGUGCUGAGCUGCUUUUCGCAUUCGUUUCACGAGGAUGGUAGGAGAAAGCAGAGUUUCGGACUUGUAUUGACGUCUCAGCAGGUUAAAAGCCGAAAAAACUAUUUGGCACAAGGAUUGGAAGCGGCCUGGAAGAUUGAGACGUUUGCAGACUUGUGCGAGUUAUGCAGCACUCGGAUGUGUGAGACAGCCGAAGACUUUUUCGGUAGGGGCCGUGGUAGUUACGAAUUUGACAUGCAGCAUGACCAGGAGACCUUUCAUUUGGAAUCGCAUGACUUCCAGAAUGAUACCAUUGUGCUGAGCUGCUUUUCGCAUUCGUUUCACGAGGAUGGUAGGAGAAAGCAGAGUUUCGGACUUGUAUUGACGUCUCGUAAGCUUUUACGGAAUGUGGUAUAUGCUGUGCACGGGCAAUCCAGAGACGGAGUAUUUGUUGCAGCCGACGGAACGUACAGACUUCAUUACGGUCAUUGGACUUUGGUUGCUGUAGGAACGUACCGAUGUCGGUACAACAAGCGGCGGUACAUCAAAAAUUUCGAGCCAUGGGCGUAUAUGUUUUUUGGAUCAUUCAGAGAGUAUUGCGAAUGUCUUUGUUGCGGUGUGGCCUCAGAUCGUUCUUCUCGACUGCUACGCUCGCGUGGCUCGGAAAUGCAGAGAAAACUCACAUCGGUUAAACGAAAAGGCCUUUUCGAAUCGAAUGUGGAGGUGAAUAUUCAGCAAAUGCAUCAUGCCAGAUCACCGGAACAAUUUGAGGCGAUUUCAAAGUUGUGUCUGACGUAUUGGCGUGAAAAGAAGGAAGUGCAGUAUGUUGACUGGUUUAAGAAGGUUUAUCUGGAUAACCGGUGGCUCAAUUGGUACACAACCUGCGCGAUUCCAGGUAUCCAUCAUUUUCAAAAUGCGCUAGAGUCUCACAAUGGAGUGAUCAAGAAAGCGGGAAUUACUAUGAAACAGGCCAAGACAGGUGUGGUGCUGAACGACUCUAUUCCAGGUAUCCUGACUAUGGCAGCUCAGAACGCUCCUGAUAGGCCAUUCGGCCAUUGUUGCCAAGGUAAAAAGCAGAGUUGGAGUUUUGAGUAG